GCACCCUACCAGAUACGAUACCGCACAACACCAUCACAAACAAAAGAGAAAAUAGUUUUACAUUCAAGGAGCAUGUAAAGCCAGAGCGAGGAGUCUCGAGGCGAUCUGCCGUUGUUUCUGUUGCAUGCGCUCAGCCGUGCUUCUCUCCUCGUCCGCGCUCGCGAGUUUCUUUAGCGCGUAGCCUCUGAUCUGCGCUUCGGGGAGGACGCACUUCCCUGUCCUGCAUUUAAACUGCUACCUUUAUCUUCCCGCUCCAUCCACGGACAUCCAUCAGAAACGCCCGAAGAAAGGGAGUCUCAUAUCCGCUGUAUCGGACCAUUGGAUUUGGGUUGACGCCGUGGGAACAGAGGAGGGGGGUCUUCACCAUGGAUUCUGACUUUUUAAACACAUAAAAACCUACACUUUGAAAAAGCCUGUAAUUAGUUGGUCGCUGCUUCGCGUUAGGUCAGAUCUUUUCCGAUUCUUCUUUACCAUUCGGGAUGUUUCCAGUGCAAAACUGCGUGUGGUGAGAGUAGGCUAUCUUGAAAGACUGGGAAGAAACGCGAGAGAGACGGAGGAGAGAAAGUGAGAUCGAGGGAUUAUGGCUCUCUUCGCGCUCCAUCUCUUUAUUCUGACGUUCACCUGUUCAAACUUUGACCUCGUGAAUGCGGCCAGGCACGCGGUACACUGGAACAGCUCAAACAUACUACUUCGUAAGGAGGGCUACACAGUGCAGGUGAAUGUGAAUGACUAUCUGGAUAUCUACUGUCCUCACUACAACAGUAGUCAGAGGGGCGUGGCUGAGCAGUACGUGCUCUACAUGGUCAGUUAUCGUGGCUACCGAACGUGUGACCCACAGCUGGGCUUCAAACGAUGGGAGUGUAACCGCCCCCACGCACCCCAUGCACCAAUCAAAUUCUCUGAAAAGUUCCAGCGCUACAGCGCCUUUUCGCUCGGCUAUGAGUUUCAUGUUGGCCAGGAGUAUUAUUACAUCUCCACACCCACUCAUCACCACAGCCGCAGCUGCCUGAGACUGAGAGUGUAUGUGUGCUGCUCAACAGCAUCUGAUUCAGAUGAUGAGCCCCAGCCCACAGAGCCAGACUACACUCUAAGACCUAACAUCAAAAUGGAUGACCUUGAUGACUAUGAUAAUCCAGAGGUUCCCAAACUGGAGAAGAGCAUCAGUGGUAGCAGCCCAUCCAGGGAUCGCCUUCUCUUGACCGUUGCGUCACUUUUCUUCAUCACCCUCUCUGUCUCCUAGCAUCCACCUCCAACUGUCGCUACACCAACGAGGCCUUGGGAGAAGGAAGGGUCCAGGGCCAGUGUGUUUGCGAAUAAAGACGUAGGAAAAAACUGGAACACUUCAAAAGCAUUGGAAGUCAAAGAAAAAGAGAUGAUAAACUUGUUUGGAAAGAUGCUACAGCAGCUUGCUGAGUGUUGAGCACCAGCCCACAACUAAACAGUGCUAUUUAUGUCUACAAUAAAAAAAACAGACUAUACUAUUACAAUACUAUUACAGAACUGCAACAUGCAAUGUUGAGAAUUGUGACAUUUCGGUUACAAAAGAUGUACUUUGUGCAUGCAUGAGUGUUUAGGCAUCUUCUGUGCAGACUUUUCCUUCACCCUGAAGGGUUGUUUGCUCCAUUAUCUGUGGAUUGGCAGGUUAAAAGUUUAAGAGCGUCUCAGAUUCUGUUUGAUGAGAACUGAUACCGAGAUAAUAAGUUAACAGUUUGAAAACUCAGAUUACCCUUUAGCCAAACUCGGCAAAAAAAACAAAGCCACUUUUCAUGUAAUGUACUUCCAAGUAUUUGUUUCUCUCUCUGAGUUACUGUUACUAGAGAGAUGUACAAACUGCUGGAUGAUCAUGUAACUGCCAUCAGGGAUGGAACAGCAAUAUUCAUUUGAUGAGUUCAAACAAGUCUGUAAUAGAAGCAGAACAACUCUAAAUCAGCUAAAAAAGAAAACAACUCUAACACUAUUUUUGACUUGGCAUUGACAAGGCUACGAUUUAUAAAACAUUAAAAUCCAAUUACAUCUGAUUCUUAUUUGAACCUAUGGUGAUUCCACAUGAAGGCAAGGCCAGUAACAGGUGAUUCGUUCUUUGAAGCAGAAAAUUAAGAGAGAGAAGCAAUUCUGCAAACAUAAGCGGCAACACAAACGCAUUAAACACAUGAAGAGAAACAGAAGCCAAAUAGUUUUUAUUGUUGUUUUGUUUCCUUCUCCCUUUUGAUAAAAGGUGCUUGCGUGUGUGUGCGUGUAAGUGUGUGUGCAUUAGCCCAGUGAUGCUGGAAAAAUCUCCUCUGGAUGUUCUUUGGAUUUAACGACUAAUACCUUAAACUGGAGAUGGACACCCACACAAACACAGACACUGUACAUAAAAUAGAUGCAUUUAUUUAUAUGCAUUGGGAACAAAUAGACAUUGUGGACGCCUAAUAUGUUCACUCAUUAGUUUGGACCAUGCUGAUUCUCGCUGGAUUCGGAGAACUCCGAAAUGCCAAACCAACUUCGACUGGUUCAUUCCAUUUCAAACCAGUUUCAAUUGUCGCUGCUUGUAUCAGACUUCUUUUGGUGGUGAUCAGCAAGACCAAAUGAAAACUGAUGGUUCCAGUGGUCAUAAUCUGUUUCUAAGGCAACAGUAAUUCAGUGGUGGGUUUUCUAUAAUGCCACACACACACACCUAAGGUACUUGGAGUUCAGCAGGAAAUCGGAAAGACACAUUAAAUAACAGCAAUUACCAACAGCAGUUCUGGUGACACUUUUGCAAAGAGUAAAACAAGCAAACAAGUGCUUUGGGCCAGGUAGUUAUUGUGUUCUUAUAAGCUUUUCAAUAGAUAAACAGCAGCAAAUCUAAUUUAACAACAAGGUCCCAAAUUGAGGCUCUAACAUUUUUUUUAUUUAUUUUUUUUGCAUAGCAACUAGCACCUUAUCAAGAUGGUAACAAGACGAUACCACAGCCCAUGACUGCAACCAGCUCUGCUUUUUGCCAUAGAACUGAACACAUGCAAAUAAUACUGCAUAAACUAGCAAUUGAGUUUGGUUUAUGUACUGUAGAGAUUUUUUUUUUUUAAAACAUAGAGUCAUAAUGGAAGUUUAAUGUUUUAAUAUGGACACCUUUUUUCUCACACCCACAGGCUGUCUCUAACAUAUUGAUGAUUAUUGUAUCAUUCUGCUUUUGCUCUGCAAAUAAUCUAAAUUUUUGUGAAACAUUAUGUCUGCUUUAUAUUGCAUUAUAUGUUUGCACAGUGGUAGCACUGUUCUGGAGCAACUUCUGAACAAAGAAUGGAACACUAACUUGAAUGCUCCGAAUGAUGUGAUGUAAGCAUUUAUACAGACUUGAAUCUACAUUUGGUUUGUUUUUUGACUUUCAUGUUGUCUUUUAAAGGUGUUGGGUUGAGGAUGAGAAGCUUUUGUGUUUAGGUUGGGUUUGCUCAUUGGGUUUUUAGGGGCUGUUCACUUUUCUGCUGGCAUAACGUAAUAUUUCAGAAGAGUUGAUCAGGUAAAGAGAGGGAAGAGUAUCACUCUUCAAAUGUUGCACUUACAAAAACUUGGACACGAGAAUAGUGUGUGUGAGUUUGCAAUUUUAAGAAGUUGUCAUUUGUCUUAAAACAAGCCUAAUCUUUUAAGUGCAUGUGGGAGAAUGAGAGAUAGUAUGAGGUAGAGGACUGUGUGUGUGUGUGUGUGUGUGUGUGUGUGUGUGUGUGUGUGUGUGUGUGUGUGUGUGUGUGUGUGUGUGCGCGCGCACUCGUAUGUUUGAGUAUUGUUUUCCAUUGUUUAGUCUGAGCAUAUUCUGUGUGAUUGGAUGUGUGGAAGUACUGUUUUUGGGGGAAACAACAAAAGCAUUUAUUAGCGUUGGAAACAACCAAUUACAAUUGUGUUUACCUUCGACUUGAAUGAAUAUAAAUAACUUGAAAAAAUAAACUGUAAACUGAACAAACCUUAUUAUAACAAACCUGUA